CGCCGCCGCCGCCAUUUUGUUCAAGCGUGAGGCGGGGGCAGCAUCUUACCUGCCGCUCGGCCAAGAAGGAGGCGGCGGCGGGUUGCCAUGUCAGCCUUCUCGGAGUCGGCCCUGGAACGGAAGCUGUCGGAACUGAGCAACUCGCAGCAGAGCGUCCAGACGCUGAGCCUGUGGCUUAUCCACCACCGAAAGCACUCGCCGCUCAUCGUCACCGUCUGGGAGAGGGAGCUGCGCAAAGCAAAACCAAAUAGAAAGCUGACAUUUUUGUAUUUGGCCAAUGAUGUUAUUCAGAACAGCAAAAGAAAGGGACCAGAAUUUACAAAAGACUUUGCACCUGUCAUAGUGGAGGCUUUUAAGCAUGUUUCGAGUGAAACUGAUGAGAGUUGUAAGAAGCACCUUGGCCGAGUGCUCUCUAUUUGGGAAGAAAGGUCUGUUUAUGAAAACGAUGUAUUGGAACAGCUUCGACAGGCUUUGUAUGGUGAGAAAAAGCCAAGAAAACGUACAUAUGACCAAAUAAAAAUUGAAGACAAUUGCUCUGCACAAAGUUCUCCAGGUGAUCCUCCACAGACUGCAGAUCUCAUAAGAGCACUACAAGAAUUAGAAAAUGCAGCCUGUGGCGAUGCAGCAGUUCAUCAAAGGAUAGCCUCAUUACCCAUAGAAGUCCAAGAUGUGUCCUUACUAAACAGAAUAACAGAUAAAGAUUCUGGGGAACAGCUUUCCAAGAUGGUAGAUGAUGCGUGUAUGUUGUUGGCGGAUUACAAUGGCAGGUUGGCAGCUGAAAUAGAUGAUAGAAAACAGCUAACUCGAAUGUUGUCAGACUUUCUGCGAUGCCAAAAAGAAGUCCUCACAGAGAAAGAGCAAACAUUGGAAGAAUACAAGCGCAAAUUAACCAAUGUGUCUCUGGUACGGAAAGAACUGAAGUCGCGCCUCCAGAGCCUCCCAGAUCUGUCAAGACUCCCCAACGUCACAGGAAGCCAGGUGCACCUUCCAUUUGCUGGAGAUGUCUAUAGUGACAAUUGACAUUCACCCAUUUUCACUGGAGUAAGCAAUCGGUUGAGUCAAUUGAUAAUAUUUUUGUAUAUUUGUUGAAAGUAGCACUGCAGUGUUCUAAUUUAUAAAAAAAUGUUAACGGUUGCUUUGUUUACUAUUUUACUUUCAAGUGGUGAAGCAGGUACUAUGUAGGAGACAGCUUCUAUGUCAUUAUGUUUUUUAAAAGGUAUUUGUUAGAAUUACCUUUUGAACUCAAAUUGAUUAGGCCACACUCCUGUAGCAAGUUUUGUUUCAUUUUCUCCUUACAGACUAAUGAUACAAGAUCUGCACUUAAAUAAUAGAACCUGGUAUUUCCAUUAUAAAAGAUAACUUGUGAGACUUUGCUUGAAACGUGACAAUAAUCAUUUAUCUUCUCCCCAAAAAGUGUCUUAUUAUCACAUCAUUUGAAAACUUUGAAUACAAACCAUAUUAAAAAGAGAUGUUGAAUGACCAAAAAUAACCUUAUUCAUCUAAAUUAAAAUAUAUGAUUUAGAAUUUUAAUUUUAUAGUAUUUUUUUCAUCUUCUUGAAGCAUUGCUUUGUAUGUCUUGAAGAACCAUGUGCUUCUAUAGUAAUUUCUUUUUUAUAUCAGUCUCAUCCAAGACAAUAGCCAAGACAUUAUGCAUUUGUAAACCUUUCUGGAAAUGGUGAUCGAAUAUUGGAAGUAGUGGGGAUGGUUGCGUAACUCUAAAUCUGUACUUAUUCUUAGAAUUUUUUAAAAAAUAGCUUUGUAUUUUUAAGAGCAGUCAUCUCUAUAGUUACCCUAUCUGACUGCUUUCAUUAAAGCUUGUUCUAAGAUUAAGCAUACAACAAGCAUAGCCUCAAUGUACACUUUGCAGUAAUAUAAUACAAUAGGUUAUCAUUUUCAUUAUCCGAACCAAAUCACUUAUCUGUUCUCUUAGUUGUUGUUCCAGAUAUUGGCAUAAAUAUUGAAAUAUCUCUCGCUUAUGCCCCCAAAUGUAUCCUUGUCAGUUCAAAUAGAUGAAGGCUUGCUGAUCUGGCUUAUGUAGCUUAACCUAUCUGCUGUUUGCUUAUGUGAACCACUACCCUGCUCCAGUUUCAGAUACAGAAAUCAUUUGUGCACAUAAUUACUCAUUAACAUUUUAGCAUCGGUGACUUAAAUGUCUGACUCUCUGGCAAACAUUGAAACUUCACAAUCUUUCUUUCCCAACCAGAAGAACAAAUUGGAAACUAUUCUUGCUGUUGGGGAGAAAAAUCUUAGUGGGCUAAUUAAGCAAAUUAUGCAUAGGAGUUCAAUAUACGGCAAUGUUAUGUAGUAAUUACUGUAUUAUGAAUUUAACAUCAAAACAUUACAAUAUAUUGAAAAUAUUGACUAAAAAAACAUUGGCUACCAACAAAUUGACUACAAAUAAAGAUAGAAUUGCAUAAAAUGAACUUACAGACAACAUUGUUGGAAAUUAAAUCCAUAAAAAGUUCAGUCCUUGCUGCCUAGAGAAACAGCUGUGGAUCGGGGGGGGGGGGGGGGGGAACGACUGCAUUGGAUAAUCCAGAACGUUGGAUAAGCGAAUGUUGGAUAAGUGAGACUCUACUGUAUUUAAUUAUAUAAUGGCUUCCUAAAACAAGUACUGCACUGGUCGUUUCAGUAUUUAAAGCACUUUGUUUACCCUUAGAGUUCUCUUUUUUAAUAGUAAUUCUAUUUUUCCAAGGUGGGCAAAGUGUGCCUUUCAGUGGUUGAAUUAAAGCUUUUAGCAUUCCUUAUCCAUUGCUAUGAUGAUGGAAGUAUAGUCCAACAGCAUAUGAAAAGCUAUUUUUUCUUACUCAUGUCGGCUAAUAUUGAAAGCAAUUUCAGUGUUCACUACAUAGGUCAUCCAUCUCCUUAUCAUGUGUUCUAUUGCAAAGUUUGGACAUGGUCCAGCCAAAUGUCAGCACAUUUAAGCACAACUAAUUUUGAAUGAUAAAUCGUUUAACCGUUUAAAAUCUCAUAUAGUGCAAUCAGUGGAAAUGAAAAGUGCUUUUACCUUGCACUAUGCUCUAUUUUUAAGUAUGAGGAAAAAUAUUUGCAUGUACAUUAAAUAGUGUGUCCCAUCAACUAUAUAACAGAUCUCUGCUAGUCAUAACAGGUAGUGUUUCACUCUUUUUUCUGACAGCAACAACAACAUCUGAAAACAUAGGAGGUUGUCAAGGUUUUCAAAAGUCUUGAUUGAGUGUAGGACGCUACUAUAGAUACACUGUAAAUCUUCAGAUUAGUUUUCAUCUGUUUCAAUGAAAUAUGAGAGCUGAAGACAAGAGCAGGAUUUAGCUGAUAGGUUCUUUUCCUUCUGAAGUUAGUGAUUAAGCUAGUGCCACAUUCAACAAAUUUGCAUAUAAUAAAAUAUAAGUCUGGCUUUACUGAUGGUGAUCACAUUCAUGUAUGGCUCAGUGUGGAGUAAUAAUUCUACAUUGUGGACUUUCGCCAUGGUGAGCAAUAUACCAGUUCACUGACAUCCUAUUCAGCUCCAGAACUGUCCUACUGCCCUAACAGAGCCAUUCCAUAUCUCAUGGAAAGUGAGUAGAAUUGGGAAAGCACUACAAUUCCCAUUGCCAGACACAAAAUGAUUUCUGGGAUUCUCUGGGGGUUAGAUAUUCUAACAGUUUUGUACCAGAUUAUAGGGACACAAUUAGAUGCUUCUCCAGAUAUGCCCAUUCACCAAGAGGCAUGGAACAGCCUGGGUUGGGGAGGGUGGACCCUGUGGAGGAAGGGGAUACCAGCCUCCUUAGCACCCAAAAAUGAUAUAGGCAGGCAUAAAGGAAAUGUGUGCCGAGCAGCUACAGUUGUGCUAACAAAUCAGGAUAAAUGUUUUAAUGCUACUUAAGCCAUGGACUUCUGCACAAACCAACUUGAAGCCGUGGUUAAUGUGCUUUGUUUUUUUCAAUAAAUUGUUCCUAAUAUUAAAGCAUAAUUCCUCACUGGGACAAAAUGAAAAACUACAAUUAAAAUGGAAGCAAAGGCAUAUGCUCAUUCCAGUCUACUCUGAUGUAAUCAUGAAAGGGGAAGGAGGAAUACAUAAACUCAAGUCCAUGAACACAGUAAACACUAAACUAUGGCCUAAUGGAUAAAAUGUGGCCCAAUGUAUUAGACUGAACUCCCAUUAUCCCUAGUCAUUAUACAAUGGUAAUGUAUAAUACAUAACCACCAGGCCUCUCAAUAUUUCUGAUCUGUUGCUAUCACUCAAACACUUCUGAGUCAAGGAGCUCCAUGUGUAUGCUGGAGUUAGAUAAAGGUAAAGGUUUCCUGACAUUAAGUCCAGUCGUGUCGACUCUGGGGGUUGGUGCUUAUCUCAAUUUCUAAGCUGAAGAGCCAGCAUUGUCCAUAGACACCUCCAAGGUCAUGUGGCCAGCAUGACUGCAUGGAGCGUCAUUGCCUUCCCGCCAGAGCAGUACCUAUUAAUCUGCUCACAUUUGCAUGUUUUUGAACUGCUACAUUGGCAGAAGCUGGAACUGACAGCGGGAGUUCACUCUGCUCCCCAGAUUUGAACCGCCGACCUUUCGGUCAACAAGUUCAGCAGCUCAGCAGUUUAACCCACUGCGCCACAGGGGGCUCUACUCUGGAGUUGCCCCUGCAAAAUUAAUUUGCAGUGCCUUGCCAUCAGAAGGUUGCAGACAUCCAGGACUAAUGCAAUGAUAAAAUAGUUCAGUGCUAAGCUAUUAUAAGUGGAAUCACAGUUAGUCUAAGACUUCACAUACAUCUAAGCAAAAACACAAUUUUAUGCCUCUUUGGAAGUCAGCAACUGUACUUCACUUCCUCAGUAGGCUUUAUAUUAAAUAGUUUGGUUUUUACCCCACCUCAAUCUGCACAACAUAUUUUUGGUAUAUUUAAGUGGUUUUUUUUUCUUAUAAUUAGGAUGCGUCAAACAGUCCUACAUUCAAAUUCACGUGUUAUAUUUGAACUAAGUCACCUUAUAUAGAAAUAAAAGGUUCGGUAUUUUACUAUUACACAAGUCUUUGAGCUGGUGACUAAUAAAUAUAUUUAAUAUUAAGCCAGCUAAACCUCUCAGCAAGUCAAUUCAAGUAUAUUUGUUAUAAUGAUUAGCAAUCCAUGAUUGGGUAUUCUUAGUUGAAAUAACAGGUGAGCAGAAAGUAAAUAAGUAAGCAAAUGUUUCAUAACAGCAGCAAAUAAAAGGUUUUUUCUCCUCCUAAAUUAGAAUGGUAAGUAGGAAAACUGGACAUAAACAUAAAAAUACUGGAAAGGUUAAUUCACAUGGGCACAGAUCUAUUAAGUAAUUUUGGUAUAGAUCUACCUCCCAGAGCCACCAUUUGUAAACUUCCUAUUUCUAGUUUUAAAAAAAGUAAACCCCAUCAGCCUGAAAUUUGCUUGCACUUGUUUAAGAAAUCUCUCUAACUGAAGAGUUUAGAUCUUUGCUAAGAACCAAAAAAACUACUGAAACUCAUGGCCAGUUAUUUUUUUCCUUUGAUCAGCAGCUUUUAAAACUAUUCCAACAGCAGCUUGCAUAUGAUUGGGAAAGGGAUUUGAGAAAAGGAUAUGUGAGGCCCACUUGGACUACUGAACUAGUUUUGUGGUUUCUUGAAUCCUGGCCUCUGCACCAUUUGAGUAUAAGCAAUGUUAUAGUGAAGAUAUUUGUGAAUAAGUACAGCUAGCACUGUAACGCCUGUGAAAAACCUCUGCUGUUUGUGUAAACAUAAGUAAUCAUUGCACACUGAUUAAAUCUGUGAUUUCGUUCCACUAAGGGCACAAUUUCAUAUUGAAGAAAUAAAUUCAAAAGACAUUUGUGCUGUUGUAUUCCCUGGUUAAAAUCUGCAGCAAAUCAUCUCCUGUAAAUAAGCUAGGCCUCUUGGGGUUUUUAGCAAUUCACUUUCCAAGUAAGGUAUAAUUAAAGAUUAGGACUGAU